UUGAGGAAAAUGGAGAGAGAUUUGAAUCUUAAGGCAUCAACUGAACUUAGAUUGGGUUUGCCAGGGAGAGAGGAAGAAUUUGAUCACCAACAAAUUGUGUCCAAUUCCAAGAAUAACAAAAGAGCUUUGUCUGAAUAUGAAGAUGAUGAAUCAAUUUCACAUUAUGAAGCCACAACACCCCAUGUUACCAAGGUACAAAUAGUGGGGUGGCCACCAGUGAGAUCUUAUAACAGGAAGAACACCUUACAAAUUACUUCAAAGAAAACAGAAGUUCAUCAAGAUCAGUGUGGAAUUUUUGUCAAAGUUAGAAUGGAUGGAGCCCCUUUUCUUAGAAAAAUUGAUCUUAAAAUGUACAAGUGUUACACUCAACUCCUAAAAGCAAUGGAGAAAAUGUUCAAGCUAAACAAAGGUGAAUUUGCACCUACUUAUGAAGAUAAAGAUGGUGAUUUGAUGCUUGUUGGAGAUGUUCCUUGGGAAAUGUUCAUGUCAUCAUGCAAGAGACUGAGGAUAAUGAAAAGAUCAGAAGCAAGAGGGUUGGGAUCAUGUGGACUAUGAUAUAUAUGUUUAU